CUAUUUCGCAAAGCUGCACGCAUACAUAAUAGAAGCCAGUCGUCUAGCGGCGUUUUCAAAGAUCUGUGCAGACAAACGGUGCAAAAAUGAACCUGGCCCCGUUUGUUUUGCACGCCCUGCUUGUCACAAUAGGGCAUUGUGCUCCGCGGUGUGAACCCGUCGAUCAAGCACUAGGCUAUUGUCAGACUCAGCCUGUCGAGACAGCACAAUGUAUAAACAAUCACCUAAGUUACUGUACUGUUGCGUCCUACUCAAAGAUUAUGUUUCCCAACCUGAUUGGUCAAGUGUCGAGAUUAGAAGCAGAGAUGAGCCCAGAGUAUGUUCUUAUUAGUGUCUUGGACAACCUGCUGAAUGGGGAAUGUACUUUGGACCUCAAAUUGCUGGGCUGUUCCAUCAUAGCACCACGAUGUGAGAACAACGUGAUUCUGAAACCCUGCAGACAUUCUUGUGAAGCACUUAAAAGAGACUGCCAGCAUACAUUUAAAAUGAUAGAAAUGGCAUGGCCAUAUUUCAUGGACUGUGAUCGGUUCUUUGUAAGUGAGGAAGAGGGUUGCUACGAUCCAGUAGGAAGAUACACAGAAGAAAGUAUGAUAGAUGAGCCUGAUGUCUUCCCUAUCUCACUGGAGUUCAGACACCACAGUUAUGUGGAAAUGAAAAGGUUGCUGAAGCAGACUGCGUCAAUCUGUGCAGAUAUAUCGUUAUUGUACACUCUGGGCCGUAGCUAUGAAGGCAAAGACCUUUACGUAAUUGAAUUCUCAGACAAUCCUGGUGAACAUGAAGAGCUUGAGCCAGAAUUUAAAUACAUUGCAAAUAUACAUGGCAAUGAAGCAUUGGGAAGAGAGCUUCUGAUUUACCUUGCACAGUACUUGUGCUCUGAGUACUUGAGUGGAAACCAAAGGAUUCAGACUUUGAUCAAUACCACCAGAAUCCAUCUUCUUCCUUCUUUGAAUCCUGACGGCUAUGAAAUAGCAUCUGAAGAGGGGCCUGGGUACAAUGGAUGGAUUACUGGACGGCCAAAUAUGCAAAGCAUCGACUUGAACAGAAACUUCCCAGACUUAACAACAGAGUUUUAUCGAGAAAGAAGAAAAAGGGGAGGCCGUGUUGAUCACAUACCAAUUCCAAGGUCAUACUGGAAGGGUAAGGUAGCACCUGAAACACGAGCAGUGUUAACAUGGAUGAAGAAAGUACCUUUUGUUCUGUCAGCAAGUUUGCAUGGUGGUGAUUUAGUGGCUAGUUAUCCUUUCGAUAUGUCAAGACUUCCAGAAGACAAGUUUUCUUCACCCACUCCAGAUGAUCAGAUGUUCAAGUUGUUGGCAAAGGCCUAUGCAGAUUUGCAUCCUGUUAUGUCAGAUACGUCAAAAGAUAGAUGUGGAGGGAACUUUGCUGAAGAAGGAGGCAUUAUAAAUGGAGCACAGUGGUACAGCUUUGCUGGAGGGAUGCAGGAUUUUAGCUACCUGCACACAAACUGUUUUGAGAUUACACUGGAGCUCAGCUGUGAGAAGUUUCCUGCUGAUGAGGAUCUCCCUACAGCUUGGAAUGAAAACAAGGAAGCCCUCUUGACCUACAUGGAAAUGGUGCACCGAGGAAUAAAAGGACUUGUAAUGGAUGAGAGAGGAAGGAAAAUUAAAGGAGCACGCAUCAAAGUUAGAGGGAUCCGUCAUGACAUCCUUUCAGUUGCCAAUGGAGAGUACUGGAGACUGCUCCCUCCAGGCACAUACUAUAUAAGUGCGUAUGCUCAAGGACACACACGGGUUUUGAAGAAAGUAUAUUUACCUGCCAAGAUGGAAGGAGCUGGUCGUGUAGACUUUGUUCUGCGUCGCCUGCAGCCCUAUAUUGAAAGUGAACAUUUGGAAGAGGAUAUAGAUGAAAUGGACUUGUUAGAUCAUCUUGAGAGGACUGAGAGGAGACAUGAAGAUGAAGAUGAUGAAUAUUCAAAUUCACGUGGAGGAAAGCCUUGGUGGUGGUCCUUCUUUGCUUCUUUGGGACAGAAUUCACCAGACUGGCUUUUAAGAAACAUGUAACUUCUGAUGUGGGUAUUAUAUUAAAUGGAGGUUGCACUAGCAAGUUUGCAUUAAUAAAUACAUCAGUGAUUUCUACUUCAGUAAAACAAAUUUAAUCCCCAUAUGAUCUGGGAAACAAAAUAAAUUUUGCAAACAUCUUUCAUUAAUCAUUUAAUUCUGAGAAGUCAAAUGUAAUUCAGUGUUCCUAACAUAAGAGGGCAUCUGUGAUCACAGUAUUAUGUAAUAAGUGCAAACUAGUGCAUUGUGAAUCAUAAUGUCCAAUGUAUGCUUGCAUAUUGUAGAACAUAUUGUCUAUAUCAAAUAAAAGGGUUUUGGGAGAUA